AUGGUCCGCUCCGUGGUGCCCGCCCUGGACAGCUGCGCCGUACCCUUCCUGGACUGCUCCGUGGUGCCCGUCAUCGCCUGCCCCGCCGUGCCCUCCAUGGCCUGCUCCGUGGUGCCCGCCCUCGACAGCUGCGCCGUACCCUCCCUGGACUGGUCCGUGGUGCCCGUCAUCGCCUGCCCCGCCGUGCCCUCCAUGGCCUGCUCCGUGGUGCCCGCCCUGGACAGCUGCACCGUACCCUCCCUGGCCUGCUCCGUGGUGCCCGCCCUGGAUAGCUGCGCCGUACCCUCCCUGGACUGCUCCGUGGUGCCCUUCGUCACCUGCCCCGCCGUGCCCUCCCGGCCAGGCUGA